AUGAAUAAGAUAAAUGAGAGUAUCCCGUGGGAGUUCAUCCUGUUAGUUUUCUCAGAUUGAUCAUGGUUAGAGUUCCUGUUUUUUAUGGUGUUCGUGGUAUUGUAUAUCCUGACUGUCUUUGGCAAUCUAGCAAUAAUUCUUGUGGCACACCUGGACCCCAAACUCCAUACCCCCACAUAUUUCUGUCUUACCAAUCCAUCUCUCUUGGACCUUUGCUGCACCAUGAGUACAGUUCCUCGAAUGCUGGUAGACAUAUGCAGCACCAGGAAGGUAAUUAGUUAUGGUGGCUGUGUAGUCCACCUUUUAAUUUUCGUGGUCUUGGGUUCCACUGAAUGUCUUUUCCUGGCUGCCAUGCCCUUUGAUAGAUUUGUAGCUAUUUGUCAGCCUCUCCAUUACUCAGUCAUCAUGCACCAAAGGCUCUGCCUCCAAUUGGCAGCAGUAUCCUGGAUUAGUGGUUUUAGCAACUCAGUUUGGCAGCUCACCUUGAGCCUUCAGAUGCCACUGUGUGGUCACAAACCAGUGGAUUAUUUCUUCUGUGAAGUCCCUGCUUUGCUAAAGUUGUCCUGUGUUGACACAACAGCAAAUGAGGCUGAACUCUUCUUCUGUGUGCCAUUCCUUCUAAUACCCCUGACACUCAUCCUUAUAUCAUAUGCUUUCAUUGUCCGAACAGUGUUGAGAAUACGGUCAACAGAAGGUAGGCGAAAGGCAUUUGGGAUAUGUGGCUCUCUUUAUGGCACUGCUAUCUACACUUAUAUGCAACCACCAUCCAUUGCCUCUAAGGACUGGGGAAAGAUGGGGUUCCUUAUCUGUGGAAUCAUCACACCCAUGUGGAGCCCCCUUAUACAUACACUUAGAAACAAACAUGUAAAGGGAGCUUUUAAGAGGUUGGUUACAAGGGUCUUCAUACUUGUUGAUAGGCCUUGUUAA